AUGCAGGCCCGCGCUCUGAUCUGGAAUCUCCCGGACUUCCGAUUAGUAUUCGCCGAUGGCCCUUUCUUCUGCAAUGCCGGACCUGGGAUCAUCCCAGUCUACGAAGACUACGGCCCGUUUCGUCGCUGGAUGAGAUGGAAGGUCGAGCAACCCGAAGUUGACGACGAAACAGCGCUCGAAGAGCUCAAGUACUCGAUCGAGACCUGCAAAAAGCGCGAUGCUGGAACGGGCCCUUGGGUGGGAGUCAUUGGUUUCAGUCAAGGAGCAAAAGUAGCUGCGAGCUUGCUAUACGAUCAGCAAAUACGGAUAGAGAAAGAGGGAAAGGCGGACACGGAUUACAAAUUUGGCGUGCUUCUUGCUGGCGGGUCUCCUUUGAUCUCUCUGAGUGAGCACAGCAGGGGCCCUGCUUGUGUGAAUCCGGGAGGAAUGACGAUAGACCACAAGUUUGACGACGUGAGCCCGCACAUCUUGCGUAUACCCACGAUACAUGUGCAUGGACUGCGCGAUGCUGGUCUGCCCCUCCAUCGGAAGCUGCUCACGCGCGAUUGCGAUCCAAAAACAUCAAUCCUGAUCGAAUGGGAUGGAGACCACAGAGUUCCUGUUAAGAAGCCAGACGUCGAUCCUGUCGWGGACGCGAUUUACCGCACAGCCAGAGCUCAAGGCGUACAUCUUGAGGACUAG